GUCUGGGGUUUUGAAAUCCCCAAGGUUGUGGCGUUGAUUUGUUUUGUAUUCGUAUUUUUUCAUCCGAUUACAUUUCUCCAAUGGACUUGUGAUGAACAAGUUUCUUCCAACAUCUCAAAUUGAUUGGCUUCUAAUGGAUAAACCAACGGUCGACCCUAUUUUGUUGGGACUCGAUGAACAUAAUGAUAAUGGUAUGCAGGAAUUAAAGGAGUUGUUCUCAGAUCCAUGUGAAGACCUUAACAGGAAAGAGCAUUGUGCUACUGAUUCCUUCAAUCAACUCGAAGCAGACAGAGGUUCUUGUGUUGAUUUGGAAUGUUAUGAACCCUGGGAGGUAACUUUUCGCCCUUCUGAAAUGAGUGUGACAAUAUCUGAACCACCAAAGUAUAAACCCAGCAUAACUUCCAGUGUCCUCAAUUCAUCUCAAAGUACGCUCAAAGUGAUGUAUAAUGAACGUGACGUUUUUGGCACCAUAAAAUGCGACAAACCAGCUUCUUAUCAGUCUUGCGAGUCGGUUGCAAAAGUUGUUGACGAACACAAUGCUCUCGAAUACUCCAGAAGUUCGACCCCUACAGAUCCAUUUAUUAAGCGACGUUUGGCAACUCAGGAAGUACCUGAACAUUCACCUAUAAGUACGGCUACCCACUGCCGUUUUAGAGAUACAGGGCCUUUAAACUCAUUUGGACUAUUCCAGUCUUCUAAUAAAACUCAUGAUUUCCUAACCUUACGCUCUAAUUUCCCUAAUCUUGAGGUUGCUUCCUUCGCUCCACUCACAGAGGCCUCAGUCAUGUUUUCAACUCCUACAAUCAUGCCUCCUGUGGAUUCUUUGAAUCAUCGCGAAACGUCUGAAGUUGAUCCUCAACUCUUAAAAGAAACGGAAAAAAUGUCUCCGAAUUCCAGUCCUGUUUGUCGUCGACCUGGCCUUUCGAAGGGGUCAGGCCCUUCCUCUCCUUCUGCUGCUCACCAUUGCAGUCUUUGUGGUAAGCAAUAUCGUCAUGUUGCUUCUCUAAGGAAUCAUAUGCGUAAGCAUACAUCAGGAGCGUUCACUUCAAAGCGAUAUAAGUGCAACCACUGUGUGUAUUCAAGCCAGUACCAUCGUAACGUUAUCAAACACAUGGAAGCAACUCAUCGUGAUCAUGAAUCACUCUCAACAAACAACGCGUCCAUUUUUCCUGAGAUCUGUUCCGCCCCGUGUGAUUCAGUCGCUUCUGAUGACUUAGAGUCGGGUUUUAUUAACUCCCGCGUUUGGAUCCCAUGCACGAAAGCUGAACCGAAUACCUAUUGUACCAUGUCUGGUACAACUGAUUCCAAAGACUUCCCAAUCUUCUCAAAUGUUGAGCAAUCCACUGGUUUUCCAGCUCCAAACCUAGAACCUCAUAUUAUUUCACGUCAAAUGUCAUCAAAUUAUGACUCUAGAAUGGCGAACAAGCAUUAUGAAAGCGAUCAUGUUGGUAAUUUUGGGACAGUAAUGAUCCCUAAUGAUGUCUCUAAAUCUUAUCGAUGUGAUAUUCCAGGUUGUGAUCAAACAUUCCAUUCUGUUAAAUAUCUAUCAAACCACAUAAAGGAUUCACAUCGGGAUAUAAAAAGAUUCAAAUGUCCACUUGAAGGAUGCUCAUUUUGUGGGCUACGUCGUAUGCACCUCAAACGCCAUAUUACCGAGUUUCACAGUGAUAAAAAGCUAUCACUGUACAAAAUCUUGGACCAAAAUCGGCUUAAUCAUGAGCCUUAUAAUUCUGUCCAACCUGUAAUGAUGUAUGGCAAACAGGAAGGUCUCACACUCAAUGUAACAAAAUUAUCCGACAAUCAACCAUUAAAACGGAAAUGUUGCAAUCCUCAGAUGAAUAAUUAUGUGCCUUUGGAUCCUUCUUAUGCUAGUGACAACUCGUACCACGAUCCUGGCUGCCGUGGGAGUGAUGUAUAUUCUUUUCCGACGUCAGGAUUUCCACAUGCAUCUGGGGAUUGUUGUGUCUCGGAAGACACUGAUAGUAUGUUAUUCAACCACCCAGUCUCUAAAAGCUUCGAGCAGAAACCUCAUUCAUUUAUCCGUAUGUCAAACCAAAUCAAUAGACCCUUUGAAAAUACAUCCAAUAGUAAUAUGCCGUUGUUCCAUAAUGAACGAUGUUUAUCUGUGAACAAAACCCGUUCGAUUAACCCAUCGGGCGAUGUUCAUAUCCAGUCUCUAUAUUCUCUUCCCGUGUCAAACCAGUCAGUUCAUUAUUACCAACGUGAUCCAAACACAUUGGACAGUGAUAUUCAGUUAUCAUGUGAAAUUGUGAAUAGCGUGUCUUUGCAGGAACAGCAGGAAAUCUCACAAAAUAAUGUCUAUUCUAAUGUAAAAUCACUGUCUUUUAGUCCGAAUAAUCUAUCUACUAAUCGUAUGAUUGAACCUGAUGUAGUCGAGCAGAUUUUAGAUUCGUCAAAUGCUCCGAAUAUAGUUUUGGACCAGAUUCUGUGUGAACCAAUUGAACCAAAUAAAGAUGACGAAGUUAGAGCUGAGACAUCCACAUUGUCUACUAUAACUGUCAAUACCUCUCAGAUGUCUCCUUUGAAUUCCAAAGUUCUAUCCAAUAACGUGAAAAGUUCUGUACCUGGAGAAAAUAUGUCAAUUAACAUUGUACAUACUAGCAAUAUGCUCUCAGAGACUGAUGCAUUCUUAUCCGACUUACAGGAGAUCCUCGAACGUGACAUGCCCAUGCUGACAUCUUCUACACCUAAGGGUCUUGAUUCUUCAGAGGUUGUUUUAGUCACUGUCAAAGAAGCUAUUUCUGAAUCGAAAUCUCCCACUGGAAUAACUGGAUGUAAGCUAACAAACACAUCGUCACUACCAAGCACUGACUCUGGACAUGAAUGUUGGAGCAGUAGCAGCAGUUGCAGUGUUGGUCCUAAUAAUGCUUCCACAUGGGGUCAGCAAGAAGCUGCAACUCCUUUGAAAGUCUCUUCUCCAUCUUCAUCUUCAUAUCCAUCUAAUCAGCCUUCUGGAACAAAUCACUCAACUCCUAGUAUUUUUGAUAAACAGGUUACAGAACAAAUUAUCAGUGAACAAUUCUCUGAUCAUGAUUCUCGUGACCAACUGUCUGGCAGUUGUCCCAAUACUCUCCACUGUGCAUCCAUUACCGUUGAUGGCAUGCCAGUCACUCCUCAAAUGUCGUCAGUCGUCGGAUCAUAUCAAACGUUACCUUUGAAGUCAAAUAAGAAUGCUCGUAUAAACAAUACCAGUCAACUUCUGCACGGUCAUUCAUCUUAUCCUUACAGUACGUUAUUCGUUUUUUAUAUAUCUCAUAUAUAUUUCUUAUAUGGUCUAGUAUACUGUCAGUAUUUUUUUCAAUUCCCAUUUAGUGGCUAGAAUCCAAACUUACUACAAAAUAUGUCUUCCUGUAAGUUACAGAGGUUUCUAUGAUUGAAAAGUUUUGCGAGUAAUGUCACUGAGAUUAUAGGACAGUACAGAACUGCAUGAAAAUAUCAUUUCAAACAUACCGCAGGUACUAACUUUGUGCGAAAUUCCCAACCUCCUACUUGUAAUUUUGAAAAUCCCCGUCUACAAUAUUCACAUGAUCAUAGUGCUUCCAACCAGAUUUCUAUGUAUAAAUCUUCAGAUGAUCAGUCAGUGAAUCAGCAAAGUUCUGUUCCAUUUUACUCAAGUCAUAAUUCUUAUGUGUCUAAUGAUUUAACGUCUAAUCAGGUAAUGUUCAGUUAUCAGCAAAGUGACGUUCAACAGAUGUGUCAGUAUUCAUUUAAUCCAUCAUCCUUACAUUCAGAACCAACUUAUCAUUCCUCAUACGUCCAGUCAAAAUAUCAAAACUAUAAACCUAAUGAAACUGAUGUACGGUUAACACCGUUCAAGAACUACCCACCUAACCCUCAGGAGCAGGCUUACUGGCAGCCAAAUACUAAGUAUCGUACAGGUAUGUCAACUGCUUAAAAUGUUUCUAGAUAUCCAUUUCUAAUUAUCAGUAAAGAAUAACAAAACUACAUUUUUAUUCAUUUAAUAAGUUAUCGGUAAUUAUUUCAGUUUAUUGUUGAAUAUUACAUGAACACUUACAUGAUAUUAAGUUUAAUUAACUAUCGGCAUUACAACUACAUCUGUUUUGGUCAUGGAUUUUUUCAGCGUUUUGCUUCUAUGUAGCAUGGAACACAGAUGAAGUUUUGUUAAAUUCAGUGUGUAGCGAAAAAAGAAAAUUUAUGGUAUUAGGAUCAUGCUUGUGUCAAUAUCUGUCAUAUAUUACUUGUCUCAGUGUAGUUCAAUUCUCGGUUCUGUAAUGCAAUAAACUUUUCUCAUUGUAAUAAUACCAGAAUAAUAUAUUGGUUUAUCUCCGCUAACAGAGUAGAAACGAAAUGAAACUGCAGACCAAGGAGUAACAAUAGUCGACAAGGUCAUCUGUUUUUCCAUAUGUAUACUAUCUGAAAACUUUUCAACUAUGUGAAAGCACAUCUUAAUUGCAUUUUUCUUUUUAUUUCAAAUAACCAUACUAACUGCGUGACGUUUUCAAUUGACCAAUAGAUCAGCUCCACCUUCGUUCCACUUCACUCUGUGAACUGUUUAGCCAGUAUCAGUCUAUUUGUUCCACAUUUGGGCUUCAAUAUUCAAUCAUUAACAGUUUCGUUUUAGCAAUUGAAGAGUUUUGUUUGAUUGGUGAGGAUUACUGAAUAGAGAGUUAAUGACUUUUUUUUAAGACAUUAAAAUAGGCACUUAAUACAAGAAACUGCAGAAAAACGAGGAGAGAAUCAGUGUUAAAAUGGAUUAUAAGGAUGUUUAUGGCAGGGAGCAAUUCGUUAACAAAUGUAACCUAUAAAAUUUGGGUGUGAUAUAAGUUUAUGUUAAUAUCGGAUAGAAUUUAAUUUCAAAGGCAUUUCUUUAGUAUUUAGAGAAAUAAAAGAGGAUAUCUGAAAUGAAGAGUAGAGUACGCUGCUUUACAUCAGUUCUUUCUUGGAAAAUUACGAAACAAGUUAAAAACUAUAAUUAAGAUGGAGGCCAACUGUUACGAGGAGGUUUUCGGUGAUUGAUCAGAUUAAAGUUUCAAUCAGUGAAUAGAAUGCUAAUCGAUAGACCAACUCAAUAAUAUUAUGCAAUCGAGUGAUAGACACGCACAAGACUGUAUUAUUAUACUAAACCACUGAAUGGUUAGGAACCACAGACAAUAUCACUUAACCAGGUGAAUGCGUUUUCCAUACACUAAAAUAACAUGCAUACAUACAUAAUAUGAACAUGAUAAAAUAUCAAGCUGACGAUUGAAGGAAAUCAGCUUGUAGAUCACUAAUUCUCUUAUCAAUUAAGACCUGACUCUUAGACCAUAUCUUUAAGCAUCGUAUCACCAACAUUAAGCAAAACUGACAAAUUGAUGUAAAUAAUAGUCAUGUAUUACUUAAUGUUUCCAACUUGGAAACAGGAAGAGUUUAUUAAGUAAGUAUUCAAUUAUUUUCUCAUGUUUUGAGCAGUCUGUAUAGUUUUCCAAAAGUGAACCAAUUCAAUUAUUAACGUAUUUGUCAGAAAUUUCAAUCAUUAAAACAAGGGACUAACGUUUGUUUUGAGUAUUAAUAAAAUGUGACAAUUUCCCGUUUAUCCGAUUGAUUCUUAAAACUUACAAUCGAUAGCUAGUCAGUUUUUAAUGCCCUCAAGAAGUACCCUUAGGUUGCGUGAACAAAGUAGACGUCAGAUGAUAAAUGUAGAUGUCAAAAAAGUAGUGCAUUGCGAAAUGUGUCAAAAAAGUUGGUUGGGUAUAUGAUUUCGGAGUGAUAAAUUGUUCAGUACUUAAAUUAUGUACAGAGACCGUAUGCUUUUAAGUCAUCGUACUGAUCAUUUUCCACUAAUAUGAUCUAGAGAUUAAACGUUUGACACGCACCUACCCUCACAAACUUCAUGAGAAUAACGUAGUAUUCUUAAGAGGCUACGUACUGAAAUCAGUAACGUUAUAGAUUAUUCCGAAUAUUCGAUGACUUCUGCAAAUCAAUUUAUUAUUCUUCAUUUUUCCUUGUAUGAAUUGUCCGGCAAUCCGUUCUUACAAAUUUGCUUACUUUUUGAACAAUUUUCGAGUCUAUUCUGUUAUUCUAAGUGAUCAAGUUGUCAAAAGCUAUAUUAUUUCAUGAGGAAGAUUUUCAGCUCAGUUAUGAAUGCUUUUGGUGACAUAGUGUUCUCUAAGCUAAAUUACUGGACACUUUUGUUGACACUGUCAAAGGAUAAUAGAAACCAUGAGAGCUGAUGAAUCAGUAAGAAGUCAUUCAAACCGUAAAAAUACCUAGGCAGAACAGUACACACAUUUCCUCAGCUUUGUACCUCUACAUUGCAAAAGAAAUCUGAUCAAAACUUAGUUAUUGAAUACACACUAUAUGUUCUACGGAUAUAGUUGAAAAAGAGCUAAACGCCUUGCGUAAUACACUUGGGAAGAACGGAUACCCUAUAACUUUUACAAACAAAUAUAUGAUCAUGAAGGUUAGAAUAGGCGAAAUAAAAACGGUAAAAAAACCUUUUUCAUGUGCUUACGAUUUAGACGGGAUGCAACUAGCGUAAUCUUAAUCCAGAGAUUACGCAGUACAAUAUAAAAAUCAUUGAACGCCAGGGAACUACGACUGUUUUCUACGCUCCCAAUGUUGACACCGAGGCUAAAAGAUGAAUUACCUAGAAUAACCACCUGAUUUCAUAUUUCUCAGUUCGACCGCUCUUGUGGAGCAAGUUAUAUUGGUCAAAGUUCUAGGAAUUUACAUUUUCGUGCUCGCGAACACUUCCAAUGUGGUCAAAUAAAGGUCUAGUAAAGAAAGUGAGUAGUUGAAUGUUGACCCACUUACUUCAAACUGGUCAUAGUGCCAGUAUAUGCCAUGCUUUUUUAAUUAUUUAUCGGGUUUGUAAUUUUUUGCCAAGCCUUGUCAGAUUCAAAGUCCUUCAAACGACGGAAGCAGUAGACAUCCGGAUUAAGAAAUUGAAGGUAUGUGUACGAAACAAAUAUCUUCAACUUGUUUCCUUGCUCUGGACAACCUCAGGGCCAAUUAAUCAGUAGUAAUGUUAGCCACUAAAUGACCGGCGCGGAUUGGACUCCACUGGUCAAGGCUUUUAGCUUACAUCGACCCAUGAAUUCAACUAUUAAAAUCAUUACAAUCUCCACAAACACCCAUCCUAAUAAAUAUAAUUGUCUCUUAUCUUCUUUCACAUAUCUUCGUGUUACUAUUAUUAUUGGUUUAACACCAUUAUUGGUCCUCUUAGUACGUGAUUUAUUCACUUCGCAUUCAUCCCACUUUCUUAUGUCUUACUAUUUUUUUUACACAUAGUCUUCGACUGGACAUUUAAACGACUGUAAUUGUAGUAUUAUUUCUCUCACCCCAUUUGAUUCAUUUAUUUUGAUCAUGAAGCUCACAAUUUCACUUAACAUAUGAGCUUAUUCAAGUUAACAUUCCUUAUAAGUCAUCUCAACAUUAACAAUCCUAAGUUCAAAUCAUAUAACUUUAAACAAUACACUUUACCCUAAACGUGGCCACUUUUCGGAUUAUUAAUUUGUAUAUAUAAUUGUAGGACCUGAAGAGAAUUUAUUGAAAAUAAUAUUCUUCAUUCAUAUAUUAGUCUUUUAAUAGAAAAUAGUUGAAAAAUAACUUGGAUGAAGUUUAUUUCAACAUUAUAAAAUAAUAUUAUGCAAUUGUUUGGUUUAGUUUAGUUCAUCAUUUCAAUUUAUCAACAUUUUUAAAUUUCUUCUAUACAUAAACAGGCUCCUACGAACAAAUGCCU